AUGGCCGUGCCUGCCAGACUCAGCUUUACCGUGAGGAGUAUUUUGGAUUUACCAGAAAGUGACAGCGAGAGUGCAGCGCAUCUUCUGCCACUCCAUUCGCUCUCUGGCUCUCCUUACUCAACCUGGGCAGACAGCGAAAGAGGCCACUGCAUGUCUUCAGAUGAGAGCAAUCCGGAAUCGUCCCCUGAUUCGGCCGGGUCCAAUGAUCCCCCUACCAAGGCAGAUCAGGAGAAGAAGAAGAAACGGCGUGUGUUGUUCUCCAAGGCCCAGACUUAUGAGCUGGAGAGGCGCUUUCGGCAGCAGCGCUACCUGUCUGCUCAGGAGCGAGAGCAACUUGCGCAUCUCCUCCGUCUCACGCCCACGCAGGUCAAGAUCUGGUUUCAGAACCAUAGGUAUAAGAUGAAACGAGCGCGGGUCGAGUGUGUACAUGAUCUCGGUCCUCCUCCGGUGGUACGCCGGGUCGUGGUGCCGAUUCUAGUGCGUGAUGGUAAACCAUAUCAGAGCUGCAUUGGAGAGACCGAGAAGGGAGGCUGCAUUGUUACGCCUUCGUCAUGCGGCGCUCGUGGGUUCCAGCGUUUUCAGCCACCAACUUUUGCGCUUCUUCCGCAGUACCAGCACUUUACAAACCCACCUGUUUCCACACACCAUUUCAUUUGGUGA